AUGCAGCCCUCCACCUCCGGCUUUGUAACCGCCAUGGAACUCUUCCACCAGCGCAAGAAAGUCGUCCGCAUCUCAACUGGCAGCAAGCAAUUCGACUCGAUCCUCGGAGGCGGCUUCCAAAGCAUGAGCAUCAGCGAAGUCUUCGGUGAAUACCGCUGCGGCAAAACCCAACUCUCACAUACAAUGUCCGUAAUCGCCCAGCUCCCGGUCUCUCACGGCGGUGCCGACGGCAAAGUUGCCUACAUCGACACCGAAGGCACAUUCCGGCCAGAGCGCAUCGCGCAAAUCGCCGAGCGCUUCGGCGUGGACCCGGACACCGCGCAAGAGAACAUUGCGUACGCGCGCGCUCUGAACUCUGAGCACCAGCUGGACCUGCUGCAUACGCUGAGCCGCGAGUUUGCGGGUGGCGCAUAUCGGCUACUUGUAAUUGAUAGCAUUAUGAAUUGCUUUCGGGUGGAUUAUUGUGGGCGGGGCGAGUUGGCGGAGCGGCAGCAGAAGUUGGGGCAAUUUCUGAUGAAGUUGGCGCAUAUGGCCGAAGGUGAGACAGGGCGCAGAGGCAUGUGGAUGUUGUGUUCCAAUAUGGAGAUGUCUGGCUUUGCGUUUGCGUUUGCGUUUGCGUUUGCCGGAAGAUUUUGGGCUAACCCCGUGUCUCGUGUCUCGUCUACAGAGUUCAAUGUCUGCGUGUUGAUGACGAACCAAGUCCAGAGUGAUCCUGGUGCAAGUGCUCUUUUCGCGGGCGCAGAUGGCCGCAAGCCUGUGGGCGGGCAUGUCCUCGCUCAUGCGUCGACGACUCGGGUGCUCCUGCGCAAGGGCCGGGGCGAGGAGCGGGUAGCAAAAAUUCAGGACUCGCCUGGUCUGUUUCAGUUGGAUUCGGGUUUUAUGGAUUCCGUCUCUGAUUCAUGCUGCAGACUGCCCUGA